AUGUUGCCCCGCCCCAUGUACACGCACCAUCUUCUUGUGGUGCUUGUCGCGUUAGUUGGCUUUAGCUACGGUCAAUUCGCGCUUUGUUGGCCUAGGUAUGAGGAUGAAGCGACUGACUGGCCACUGAAGGGAGCUCCUAUUCCACCGAACGACACUGGUCUUGUUCUCGACAGCCAGACAGUACCAGGUCCGUUGUUCAUCGGAGAACCAGCGGAACCUCAGCAACUCGCCGCGAAGACACUAUUCUCGCCAGACGCCAUCACGUACCACGCAGAUGCCGGGAACUGCCGCGUGAAUGACUGGCAGGCGCCGAUCGGAAGGGAGCCUCGGGUCAAGAGCCGGUCCAUUGGCUUGUCGGCGCAAUAUUUCCACAAGGACGGGCGCUUAACAGCGAGAAUUAUCUGCGAAGGCGACAACGGUUAUCAUUAUUGCUUAGCUGCACUAAAUCCAAAAACGUUGGAGACCCUGGCGAGUUGGUCACCAAGAAACGAGACUCUAUUGAGCCCAUAUGGUAUGGUCACUGAACACUUUGUUCUCAUGCCCACUUUGGAAGGCCGCAUUAUCGAAAUAGAACGCGUUGAUAAUACGACUGGGACGUUUCUGAGGCAACAUCGAGAGAUCAACCUCAAUACAGUGCUGCCAGCGGACUUUAUCACAAGUGCUAGUGUGUAUGAUGCGGAUGGCCGUGUGUGGUUCAUCGCCGGCAGAUUGAAAAGAACUGGAACGGCAGACGAUUCGGGUAUCAUUGGUUACGUUGCCACAGACGGCGCUAUUCAUGCCCAUCGCCUCGACAAUCAGAUAUUCGAGAACUCCAUCGCGGUGAAUGGAAGAACUGUCUACGCCAACAGUGGGCCAGUUGAUCUCGAGGCCAGUGGCGCUGCUGGCCAGAUGUAUGCAUUCCAAGUGGUAGCUGACGGAAACAUCGAAACUGUUUGGGUUGAGCAGUAUUCAGUCGAUAGGGCAGUUAAGCCUGGUGGGUUAUCCAACGGCUCUGGAUCCACCCCGGCAUUGGUUGGCGAUAGAUAUGUCGCAAUGACCGACAAUGCGCCCGAUCGAAUCAAUCUGAAUAUUUACCGACAGGUUGACAGCGUGAUGGGGGAACCUUCCGCAGGAGGCUCUAACCUAGUGUGCCAGGUUCCAAUAUUUAAGAGCAAUGGCAGUGCUAAUGAGAAUGCCAUGGUCGGGUACUAUGACGGAUCGACUUACAGCGUUGUUGUCAACAAUCACUAUGCGGCCCCCCACAUCCAGAGCCUUGAUACGAUCGAUGACAUCAACGGUAGCUUCAACAACUUCACCUCCUUGGCUGCUGGCAUGACACGCAUAGAUAUUUUGGAAGAUGGAAAGUGCGUAGUUCUUUGGGACACGCCUAUUCGCUCGACCAGUGUCCUCAGCUUUUCCACGGCUAACGGGUUGCUUUAUUCGUAUACGCAGGAUGACGAGCUUUCGCCCCAGGGAGAGUAUGUCUGGUAUUUUACAGCGAUUGAUUUCGCUUCAGGGAAAGUAGUAUGGCGUGUACGAGCUGGAGCUGGCGGAGCAUUUAACAACAAUCUGGCGCCGACGCAGCUUUCUCCCAGCGGGGCUCUAUGGCAAAUCGUUCUAGGUGGCGUGACCUGGCUUGAGGGAUGA